AUGGGUGGUUGGAGGGAAAUCAAAUACCUCCCGCGGACCAACAAGCACCACCGCAGCGUCGGACUCACAAUGGGCGGCUGCAAACAGCGACGGUUCCCAGAAUGGGCGGCUGAAGAAAAAGGCCCUCCAAAUGGGGGUUAUGGCGUCAGACAGAAGAGGGAGCCCCAACGGAUACGGGGGGGGGGCAAACCUGCUGAUCGUGUACGAAACCCAGUCUUAAAUCUCAACCAACGUAAACAAAAACAAAAACAAAAAACAGAUAAUAGAAAACUAAUUUUCGGUACCUGGAAUAUCCAAGGAUGGAGAACCAAAGGCAAGGAGGUAAUAGAUGUACUUAAAACAACGGAACUGGACAUACUAGUGGUGAGCCAAACCAAGAAAAAAGGAAAUGGAACAGAAAUUAGAGAUGAUGUCUUUUAUUGCUGGAGCGGAGUUAAAAAAGAGGAAAGAGCAAAUGCCGCAAUCGGAGACUUCAAUGGAAGAACAGGAAGAAAAGAAAACGAUGCCAUAAUAGGUAGAUUCGGAGAAGAUACGGUUAAUACCAACGGAGAGGCUCUAAUCGAACUAUGCGAAUUUAAUAAUCUCAAGAUUACAAAUGGUUUCUACCGACACAAGGAAAUUCAUAAAUUCACUUGGGUACAAGAAACCAGAGAUCUCAGAUCAAUUAUAGAUUAUAUUGUAGUCAAAAACAACUCAUCAAUUAAAAUAAAAGAUGUCCUAGUGAAACGAGGUGCAGAAUGCGGCACAGACCACAGGUUAUUGAUCGCGAAAAUGGAGUUCCCCUGGUCAUGGAACAAACAACAAAAGUUCAAUAUACAGCUUUUACACGAUAAGUCAAUACGGUACUUAUAUCAGCGAAGAAUAGACCAAAAACUGGAAGAAUUCAGCCUCGACGACCUAGGGACAACAUACGAGCACAUAAAAACAUGCAUCAAAGAAGUAGCUACUGAAGCUCUCGGAGAGAAGGAAGAAUCACAAAAUCAACAUAAAAUAGACAUUAAUAAAGACCUAACGGAAAUCAUAAAUGAAAAGAAGGAACUUUAUAUGAAGUGGUUAAAUACAAAAACAGAUGAAGAUAGAGAGAUAUACCGAAAGAAAAAUCGAGAAGUCAAAAGAAUAGUACAGAAAGAAAAGAACAACAAAUGGGAAGAGGCCUGCAAAAAUGUGGAACAAUAUAUAGGAGGAACGCGUAAUUCAAAAUCCUGGCGUCUAAUUAAAUCUCUUAGAACCAAUAGGAAAGAGAAAGUACAUCUAGAAUACAUACCAGAUACUAUGUGGGAAAUAUACUACAAAAAACUGCUAACAGAGGAUAGACCUACUUUUAUUGGAGAAAACUCGGAGACAACAUCAGACGAACAAAAGGAUAUAGAUCUUAGCUUAGAAGAAAGCAAUAAAUGGAGAACAACUACCAAAAGAGUGGACAACUGCAUAUAUGACAUCGAUAUUCUAAAAAGGCGACCAUGCGAAAAUUACAAAGGAAUUAGCGUAAUAUCAUCUAUGGGAAGACUAUAUGGAAAACUCGUAAAGGCAAAACUAGAAAUAGAAAUAAAAGGCAAAAUUGGAGAAGAACAAACAGGUUUUACGGCGGGUCGAUCUUGUAUAGACCACAUAUAUUCAUUACAACAAAUGAUAGAGAAGAAAAUGGCUAAAAAUAGAGCGGUUCACUUAGCCUUUAUAGACCUAAAAAAAGCAUACGACACCAUACCCAGGGGGAUACUAUGGAAGGCAAUGAAGACCAUCGGAUUGCCACAAAAAAUUAAUAGAGACCGUUAA